AUGUUGGGCGAGCAGGGUGUCAAUGUGAACCUCACAGCCCCUGAUGACGGCGACAAUGUAUGGUCGCUUCAACAAGUCGAAGGGGAAGAUUCUGCAGAGUACAAUGAGAACCAAAGUCACAAGCAGAUAAAUUGGUCCUUUGGUCCAAUCAAGGCAGGUGACAUUAAAUUCAACAGUUUUGUGCAAGAGACUCAUAUCUCGCAGUUGUCUGGGUAUGUUGACACCGACACUUUUGAGAUCACUAUCAACCCCAACAUCAAUGGCAUCAACGCUGGCGAUAUCAACGGAAACCUCAAGGACGGUGUAGUCCUCAAUGUCGAUUUGUAUACGGCCAAGGGUAGGACUACACUGUACUUGAAGAAUGGAAACGAGACAUGGGUCAACCUCGACCUCAAGAUCAUCUUUGAUGGUUCUUUUCAUGGAGACUACAAGAUAAUGACCCUCUAG